CUGCUACACUGGUAAGACAAGCUUUAUUUUUAACAAUUCCAAUGCCAGAGGAGGCAUUACACACUGAUCUGGCAAUCAAAUGGUGGGAUUAUGCUAUUAAAACCAAAUACAAUGUGCAGUGUUUGAUUAGCAGUAAUGUGAAAUGUGGUGCAGGAUGUAAUGACCGUAUUAACUAGAGCUAACUAACUACACAGCAUUAACUUGUUGAGAGUAAAUAUUGUACUGAGCAAACAGCAAUGAUAGUUGACAAUUAUGGGAAUAGUAAUUUACUGUUGAUGUGGCUGUGCGAUGGGUGGGGGCACUACAUUACACACUAACUAGCCUUUUCUGGUUGACUGCAGCUCCCAUGAUAAACAGCCAGCCAUUACUGGAUGUACACCAUGGAUAUUGUAGAUUGGGUAGUUAUGGCUAAUCUUUACCAUCCCAGAUAUUGUAAACUAAAAUUCUCAUGUGGCACAGGUACAUACCGGUAUUUUAACUUCUACUACCACAGUCAUAUAAUGUUUCCUAUUAACAUUAACCCCUUAAGGACACAUGACGUAAAUAUUCCGUCAUGAUUCCUUUUUAUUCCAGAAGUUCUGUCCUUAAGGGGUUAAUAUUAAGGAGGGUGGCUUGCUUGGGGUCCUGCUGCUAGGAUAGAAGUGUGGAACUGAAGUAGGUCUUCCCAAUGUUGCAUGUGCUGCUUCCUCCUAUGCUCUGCCUCCCACUCGGCACUCUCCUUGUAGCUGGGAGCAAGUGACCUGCAAUCACUACCUCCCAAACUAGGGCCGCUCGUGCUGUUAGAGGGCCUCUUUUUACCUAUACCCAUCUGUCACGAAUGCCCCAAUUAAGAUUUCUGAAAUUAUAAAUGUAACAAUCAUUUUAGCCACAUAAUAUAGUUGUACCACAGAAAGAGAUGACCUCUGUGAAAUGUGUAUCUCUGUGUCUCUAUCUGUAUCUUUCUGUCAAUAGGUGCUCAUGUCUAACUGUAUGUGUGUCGAUGUUUGUAUCUGUAUGAGUAUCACUGUGUGUAUCUGUGUGUCUGUAUCUCCAAGUUUGUCAGUGUGUGUAUGUGUGUGUCUGUAUGUGUAUUAAUGUGUUUGCAAAUCUGUAUGUGUAUCUGUGUAUCCAGACAUGUCGGUGUAUGUCUGUAUAUGUGUGUGUGUAUGUGUUUCAGUGUGUGUGUGUGUGGUGUGUGUGUAUAUAUAUAUAUAUAUAUAUAUAUACAUAAAUGAGUAUACAGUGAGGGAAAAAAGUGUUUGAUCCCCUGCGGAUUUUGAAGAUUUGCCCACUGACAAAAAAAUGAUCCGUCUAUAAUUUUAAUGGUAGGUGUAUUUUAACAGUGAGAGACAGAAUUUAAAAAAAAAAUCCAGAAAAAAGCACUUAAAAAAAGUUAUGAAUUGAUUUGCAUGUCAAUGAGUGAAAUAAGUAUUAGUACUUGGUGGCAAAACCCUUUUUGGCAAUCACAGAGGUCAGACGUUUCUUGUAGUUGGCCACCAGGUUUGCAUACAUUUUGUCCCACUCCUCUUUGCAGAUUCUCUCCAAGUCUUUAAGAUUUCAAAGCUGACAUUUGGCAACUCGAACCUUCAGCUCCCUCCACAGAUUUUCAUUGGAAUUAAGGUCUGGAGACUGGCUAGGCCACUCCAGGACCUUAAUGUGCUUCUUCUUGAGCCACUCCUUUGUUGCCUUGGCUGUGUGUUUUGGGUCAUUGCCAUGCUGCAAUACCCAUCCACGACCCAUUUUCAAUGCCCUGGUUGAGGGAAAGCAGUUCUCACCCAAGAUUUGACGGCCCAUCGUCCCUUUGAUGCAGUGCAGUUUCCUGUCCCCUUUGCAGAAAAACACACCCAAAACAUAAUGUUACCACCUCCAUGUUUGACGGUGGGGAUGGUUUUCUUGGGGUCACAGGAAGCAUUCCUCCUCCUCCAAACAUGACAGUUGAAUGUAUGCCAAAGAGCUUGAUUUUGGUCUCAUCUGACCACAACACUUUCACCCAUUUCUCCUAUGAAUUAUUCAAAUGUUCAUUGGCAAACUUCAGAAGGGCCUAUACUAGUGCUUUCUUGAGCAGAGGGACCUUGCAGGCACUGCAGGAUUUCAGUCCUUCACGGCGUAGUGUGUUUUCAGUUGUUUUCUUUGUGACUAUGGUCCCAGCUGCCUUGAGAUCAUUAACAAGAUCCUCCCGUGAAGUUCUAGACUGAUUCCUCAGCAUUCUCAUGGUCAUUGAAACUCCACGAGGUAAGAUCUUGCAUGGAACACCAGACCGAGGGAGACUGACAGUUAUUUUGUGUUUCUUCCAUUUGCGAAUAACCGCACCAACUGUUGUCACCUUCUCUCCAAACUGCUUGGUGAUGGUCUUGUAGCCCAUUCCAGCCUUAUGUGGAUCUACAAUCUUGUCCCUGACAUCAUUGGACAGCUCUUUGGUCUUGGACAUGAUGGAGAGCUUGGAAUCUGAUUGAUUGAUUGCUUCUGUGAACAGGUGUCUUUUUUACAGGUUAACGAGCUGAGAUUAGGAGCACUCCUAAUCUCAGUUUGCUACCUGUAUAAAACACACCUGGGAGUCAGAAAUCUUGCUGCUCGAUAAGAGAUUAAAUACUUUUUUUCCCUCACUGUAGAUCUCAGCAUUCAGACUCCAACACUACACACAAAUACACCCCUACAUUCAAACAUCAACAUUACACACAAAUACUCUCCUAAAUUCACACAUAGUCCAUACAAAAAAAGCUUUCAUUCAAACAUACAAACACGGUUCACUGCUAAUUACAUCCUUGCAAGCAUGGGCAAAUGGUAGUUCUUCAGCUGGAAAAGCAUGUGGGAGUUGUAUAAGAGAUGGGAAUCUACCUUUUUGUCCAUCCUCGCGAUAGGGGUGCCAAAACAAUUCUUGCACCAGGGCCCUCUAUACUUUAGUUCACUGAAUAAAUAUAAUAACAUAUACAAACAUCAAAAAAGUUAUUUCAUUAUUAUUUAUGCAUCCAUCAUUAGGCCCUGGGGAGAUAGCACAGCUAAGCGGACAAGGGCACAUGUAUGAGUGUGUGAAUGAAUGCGUGGGAGCGGUUUGGAAAGAAUGUGUGGGAGGGAUUAUGUUCUAUGUGAGUUAGUGGGGGGGAGGUCUUACCUCAGUGCCACUUGGGAUUCGGUCCAGCAAACAACUUCCUGUCCUCCUUCUCCUGUUUGUACUGGGCCUGUAGGUUUUCACAGCUUGAGGGAUGGAUAUUGAGGCAAUCUUGGCGUCCCUCAGGGUUGCUGCAGUGCUGGAUGGUGGCCGGCAACUGAGGGAGCAAUUUGCUCACAUUACUCAAGGUAUGGCUGCCGGUUUGGGCUCCCCCCAUGGCCUACUUCCUCCUGGAGCACCUCCUGCGGUCUCCCUUGCUGCCUCCCCUGCAGCCCCAGUCCCUGGGGGCCGCACUAGCACCAACCGGCGUUCUCGCCCCCGCCAGCUAGGCUUUCCCUAGACACUACUCCUCGGGCCCAGUUGAGGAGUAGGAGCCCAGGCCCGAGGCAUCACCAGGACCGGAGGCCGGGAUUUGCGGUCUUCCACUGCCACGCGGCCUUCUACAGUGAGGCCUGCUGUCCGGCCUUCGGCUGCCACGCGGCAUAAGUGAGGACUUAUGUCUGGCCUUCUACUGCCACGCGGGUUGCACGGCCUACCCAGUGGGCACCGGUCGCCCGACCUGCUUCCCCAGCACCUCCUGCCUCGUGCUAUUUGGGGGCGUUACUUGCACUGCUGAUCAGAUUUCCUUUAGUAUUCACCGCUCGAAGACUGAUGUCUUGGGGAGGGGAAAUAGGUCCGACUGGGGGCUGUGCCGGUUUCCGGCAUUUCUCCUGUUUUGUCCUUUGGGGAAUAUUGUUCCUUACGCUCUUCUCCCGCACUGCCCCUCCUGGUGCAUGAGGAUGGUAGUUUUCUUUCACAUUUCCAGUUUAUUAGAGUGUUCUGUUUAGGACUGGAAUUUCUGUGAAUUGAUAGCGGGGAGUUCGGGGGGCGGUCUUACCUCACUGCCACUUGGGAUUCGGGCCAGCAAACAGCUUCCCACCUGCCCGCCCCAUUAGUAUAGUUAGUCACAGCUAGCCAGGGGUAUGUCCUUGCCAAUUAAGUUUGAAGGGUUAUGUUUAAGGAUAUGAAAUGAGUUGAACAAGUUUGCAGGUCUCAACCUCCCCUUCUCAAAACGGUUAAACUUAGGUUACCUGGGAUGUCGUGCCCAUCGAGCGUGGAUAAAGUCGGCUGGUGGCAGGCACUGGAAGGAAAUUAGUUUAUGCCGAGGGGGGAGGUAAGAGGAAGUGGACAUAGGAGUAUGGUCUGUUUAUUGGCAAGGACGGUUGGGUUCACUGUAUAACACUAUGUGUUAAGUUAUAUGUAUAUAUGUUAAGUUGUGGUUAUUUAUGUUUAACGUUUUGGUUACAGAAAAGAGAAAUUAUUGAAUAGCUUAUGGAUGUGUUAUGCAGUAUUUUAUCAUAUGUAAUAAUAAAUGCUGUGGCCCGUUUGAUCCAUACUACCUUGUCAGUCAUUAUUUUGGAGGGUUGACUGGGGGUUAUUUAUGUAUUAUGCUGCAUCGCGAUUCCCCACUACAUACAUACAUGUCUUUCAGUCUGUUUUUCUGUCUAACUGUGUAUUGUAUUUAUCUAUGCUUACCUAUCUAUUUUCAUGAGUAACUUUGUUGUACAUCACAUCUGGAGUGUAAACACAGUUUAAUAUUAACCUCUUGUCUUUUAACCCACUUAUCAGCUUUUGUUGAUAAAUCUUGUAUAAAAACAGAGAUUUACACCAUAAUCUGAAAUGAUCUUUGUGCUUUUGAAUUGAGAACAGAUGGGGCAAUGGAUACACCAUUCUCUGGACCAGAGAUUUACAAACAGGAAUUUAAUUCAAAAGAUUAUUAUGAUUCAUACUAUUCAUCAAACCAAGGAGCAUUGCUCGGAGAAUGGACAGAUUUUGUAUUAAGGAACUUCCAUCAAAUCUUCUCUUCAGGUAAUCUUCAAGACUGAAUAAUUUUGAAUAACAUUAUUUUAAUAGAUAAGAAUAGAUAAUAGAUUUGUUAUUUUAAAAAAAUCUAAAUUGUUUUGUACUUUUUUUCUCUUUCUAUUUACUAGCUUAAAAAAUACAUGGCACAUUUUUUUUCAAUGAUUCUCUUUAUUUGCAUAAUAAGCAGAGUUUGCUCCUUGAUAUAUUUUGUAGACCAGAAAUGACCAAACUAUUGUAGUUUUGCAUGCCUGGACUGGCUGGCUUAUUGGCAGUUUGUGAUGUUGAAAAUGUUUUAUUUAUUUUUUUAAAGCAAUGGUCCUAUUCCAUGGGCUUGGGCCUGGAGCUGCUCCAUCAUCCCCUAUGUUAAUCCAGCCCUGAUUGAGCAGUGCCCUCAAUCCCUCUAUUUCUGUGCGUCCAACUUGUCUGAUUACAAAUACGUGUCUGAUAGUCAACCCAUUGUUUAGUGCUACGGAACUUGUUGGCUCUUUAUAAAUAAUAAUUAUAAUCAUGAUAGUUUCAUUAAUGAAGGAACAUUUGUCCCAGGAUGUAUAAACGCUGCUUUUACUAGGGGAUAAUUAGUUUUAGGCUAAAGGUGUACAUAAGGUUAGGGCUAAGGAGUAAAUAGUGUUAGGGGUUAAGGUACCAACUAAAAUCAAUAGGGAAUUCUCUGUGUUGGUGAGAGGCACACUUGACAUAUCAGUCUGUGAAAGAUGGGAGUCACAAUCCAGAGGAUAUCCAAUUUCCAGAACAGUUUUCAGCAGUUAUUCGACUCAGAAUAUUGACUGAGUUGGGAACCACUGAUUUAGAAGACAUGGCGUUAGAAGUACAUUGUUGACAGCAUAAUGUAAAUCAGAUUUCUCAUUGGAUCAACAACCCACAUUCUUGUUAAUCAUAACCUUGAAUAUUUUGUUAAAAAUAAUCAGAUUUUUUUGAAAUAUUUCUAAAGAAUUAAUUUUUAUAUAUUUAAAUAUGUAUUUUAUCUAAACAGGAAAUGUUAAAGGAAACACACUGAUUGAUAUUGGUGCAGGACCAACAAUAUAUCACCUGCUUUCAGCUUGUGAAGUCUUUACUAACAUUAUCACUUCCGACUUCCUGGAGCAAAAUCUCACUGAACUAAAGAAAUGGCUGAAGAAGGAAUCUAAUAUGUUGGACUGGACCCCAUGUGUAAAAUUUGUUUGUGAUCUAGAAGGAAAAAGGUAUGAUCAAUCCAGUACUGAAGAUUUAAUAGAGACAUUUUUGUAAUAAAAAAAAAAAUGUAGAUUGAUACUGAUGCUACGGGAUAACAUGUUUAUGGCGCACAUAUGAGUGUGAGCCAAAAACCACAAAUAAAAAGGCUAAGUGAGGGAUUGAGCAUCACUCACAUGAUAUGCAAACAUAACCCUAGACAAUUUAUUUAUAAUAAAAUAGUCUAUAUUUUAUUUUUUAAAAAUGCUUCCCUUCCAAACAUAAUGAAGUUUAUUCAUUAAAAGUAUAUUUUUUUUAAAAUUCAAAAACAAAUUGCAAAGUUUAUGCAAAAAAAAAAUGCUGAUUUGAAAAAUAUAUCCAAGCUACAUUCACAUCAUGGGUAUUUUGGCCCUAAAUUUUGUAAUUUAGUUUCAGUUGAGUAAAAUCUGACAUUUAAUGAAUAAAUGCCUAUUAAUGUCUAUCCCGCCUGCGGAAACAUCAAUAUGCAAAUUUAUCUGAAUAUUUAGGGAAAAUUGUCAUGUAUAUGAUAAUGCUUUGUGCGGAUCAAAUCAGAUGGGUAUUUAUUUGUCUUACCAGGUAAAGAUUAAUGCAAAUAAUAAAGUAGAUUUUUCUAUGUUAUCUGUGGAUCAGUAAUAGAAUUUACAUAGAAAUCAGAGCUGUUUCAUAAUUAAUAUCCAUUUCUGUUUUCCAGUGUUAAUUUGGCGGAAAAGGAAGAAAAACUCUGCAAAACUGUGACGCAAGUUUUGAAAUGUGACGUACUGAAGAAGAAUCCAUUUGAGCCACUUGUUCUUCCACCAGCUGAUUGUCUAAUAAGUUGUCUCUGCUUAGAGGCUGCAUGUAAGGAUGUGGCUUCCUAUUGUAACACCCUGAAAAGCCUUAAGGACUUGCUCAAACCAGGAGGCCAUGUCAUAAUUCAGAGUGCACUAAAUACUACAUUUUAUUAUGUCGGGGAAAAAAAGUUUUAUUGCUUGAGCAUAACAAAGAAAGAUAUUGAGAAGGCUUUUGUAGAAGCUGGUUAUGAAAUUGUGAAUUUAGAAGUGAAACAGCGUGAGGAUAAGUCUAAGUUAGACAUCUCAGAUUAUGACAGCAUCUACUGUGUUCAUGCCCGUAAACCAUGCAGUGUAUAACAGUGUUCUGCAACCUUUUAACACCUUUGGCCCGGCGAAAAGAGGAGAAAUAUUUUGCGGACCGGUGUCAGGCUGAAAUAAAAACCAAUGGUAUAUGUGAGGGGUGCAGCUUGUGUGUGUGUGUGUGUGUGUGUGUGUGAGGGGUGCAGCUUGUGUGUGUCUGUGUGUGAGGGGUGCAGUAUGUGUGUAUGAGAGUGGUGUGUGUGUAUAGGGGGCAGUGUGUGUGUAUCGGGGCAGUGUGUGUAAGGGUAUGGGACAGUGUGUGUAUAGGGGCAGUGUGUAUGGGGUGCAGUGUGUGUGAGGGCUAUAGUGUGUGUGUAUGGGGCAAUGUGUGUGUGGAGGGGCAGUAUGUGUGUAUAGGGGCAAUGUGUGUGUGGGGGCAGUGUGUGGGGGCAGUGUGUGUGUAUAGGGGCAAUGUGUGUGUGUGUGUGUGUGUGUGUGUGUGUGUGUGAGGGGUGCAGUAUGUAUGUAUGAGGGUGGUGUGUGUGUAUAGGGGCAGUGUGUGUAAGGGUAUGGGGCAGUGUGUGUAUAGGGGCAGUGUGUGUGAGGGCUAUAGUGUGUGUGUAUGGGGGCAGUGUGUGUGUGGAG